GUUUGACACGAGCGGAAACAGCGACUUCGGUGAAUCGAUCCCCAAGCGAUUCCGCGAUCUCGAUACAAGGGUCUUUGUUUGAUAGAGAGGAUCAAGGAACUUGCGAAGAUCUCUUGUAUUUGAAGUACGUAGAGCCGCAUCCACAAUAUGAUCUUUAUCCUCGUUCCUCAGCCAACUACUGAAGGUCCCGAGCUAGAUCAUUCACGAGAAAGAGGUCCUCGGGAGAUGAUAAGCUUCGCACUUUGACUUUUUCAGUCCCAAUGAUGAUAGAUUCUCCUUCUCGAGCCCGAAAAGUGAACGUAGUCUAGCUUAAGAUCAUUGUUUAAAACUUACGCUUUGCAGCUGUAGUUCGCUUGUAAUAGUCUUCUUAGAUGAUAAGAUAAAGAUUAUGAGUUAUUAGGGUAUCAUAAGUACACCCUUUGUUUUGCUUUUGCUUUGUUUGCACAUUGAUCCUGAUCGAUAAUAGUCAUCCACUACAUCUACAUCAGAGGACCUUCCGGUUGGAUUAAAUUUAUGAUGGCUUUACAUAAGACUAAGUACUAAGUAGAAACCUCCUCCUCGUCGUAAUUUUCGACUCCCAUCGCGAACAUGUAUGAAAAACCAGCUUGAUUCUAGGUAAUGUGAUUCGCUCUUUUGAACUCCAAUUGUAAGUCAGUAAUUGCAACCUUCGGUUGAGUCCUACGAUACAGUGGUCAAUCUAUCACUUACAUUUUGAUUAUCACCUUCACCUGUAAUUUUUUCAUAUCUCUGUCUGUGUCGCAUCUCUGUGUUGCUUGCGCCUGCGCGUUUCCUAUGUUGAGGCGCCACGCUUUGGAUUGAGUGAAAAAGAUUGAGUGUCGCCUUCUGUCCUGCAAACUCUGCUGAGGUAAACGCUCAACUUCAAUAAUGAGGAAAGACAGUCCGUGAUGAGUCUUCUAAGUCGCUUAAAUUUACUAACAACUAAAAGCAAACACUUCCAUGUGCCAGCAAUUCAGUAGUCUCCUCCUAUAGCAGGCUUUGUAAACGAUAUUUUCCCCGGUCUCUCUGAGGUGUGCUGCAAAUCUAGACUGGCUUCUUCCUUUCCAUAAGGUUGAGGCUUAGGCCCAGCGGCGCUCAAAGCACUAAUUAAAACAGCCGGUUACUUUUUCCCUCUAGAGAUCUAGCCCUUCCAGCAGUAUAUCUUUGGUUCUUUCACCACGUUCGCGGUUGCAUUGAUCUGAUUUGGCGGACGAAACACAAUCAACAUGGCUGCAUAUGCAUUCACCGCAAAGCAUCGGCGGCUGUCCGCCUCGGAGGAUGCUCCUCAUGUACCUGACGGCUCUCACUUUAGAGGUUGCGGCAUGGCGGAGAUUGAGAUGGUGUCUCCUGCUGGGGGACAGCUUGAAAAAACGCGCGGAAAGGUUGCAAUCGUGAAAACCUUUCGCAGGGCUUACGUACGUUUGGUGCUGCUGGACGGAGAAAAAACGCAUGCGUUGGACAGCAAUGACGGGGAGAUCUACGAGUCUCCGGGAGGUCUUCAUAUAACUUUGACACCCAAACGAAAAGGCUUUUAUCUGUUCGGCCAUGGCAUGCUGCAGAGCCGCAGAAUUCGCCUGCGUUGCGAAGCUUCUCGCUAUUCGGAAACCGAUCCUAUGGAAUGUUCUCGCGAACGUUUCGAAGAGUUUCGCACGUCGCUCAAGAGUUGGGUCGGUCUUGGAAUCACUGGAAGCUUGGCCACGUCGUGCGAGCUGGAGGAAAUUGAGAACGAGGUCUGCCGGUUUAAGAGGCAGGAGGACGCAACGGUGAAGCCGGACAACAUUGUCGCAAUUAUUGGAAAGACCGGCGUAGGCAAGUCGGCUUUCUGUAAUGCAGUGACGGGCUACCGGGUCUCACCUAGUGGGUCGAGUGGCGACGCUGUGACGAUGGUGCCGGCAGAGUAUUCUUAUUUGAGCGCGUCGGAGCUGGAGCAGCUUCCUGUGGAAGAUGCGCUUCUUGAGGGGGGUGGCGACGUUCUGGGUGUCUUGCUGCGAAAAGAGCUUGGAGAGAUUCCCAAGUUCAGGGCGUCUUUGCAUUUUGUCGACGCUGUGACCAUCAAGAACACUCUCAGAGAUGCCGUGCGGGAGCUCCUGGCAAACCCGGAAGAUUCAAUGGGUCGAAAUUACUUAGAAAAGUAA